AAUAUACCUUUUCAUUAGCCUCCAGGCAAAAAAUAUUAAAAAGCAGAAAGAAUGAACGCACCGGUUAUUGUUCUCAACACCAACAAACAGCGGGAGAGCGGACACAAGGCGCAAAUGUCGAACAUUGCGGCGGGCAAGACGGUGGCAGACGUGGUGCGGACGUGCCUGGGACCCCGCGCGAUGCUCAAAAUGCUGCUUGAUCCGAUGGGCGGGAUCACGCUGACGAACGACGGGUUUGCGAUCCUGCGCGAAUGCGAGGUAGCGCACCCAGCAGCCAAGUCGAUGAUUGAGCUGAGCCGCACGCAGGACGACGAGGUGGGCGACGGCACGACCAGCGUGAUAAUCCUGGCGGGCGAGAUGCUGGCGAUCAGCGCGCCGUUCCUGGAGCGCAAGAUCCACCCGGUGGUGAUUCUGCGUGGGUUCCAGCGGGCGCUUUCUGACGCGCAGGAGAUCCUGCGGCAGAUUUCGGUUCCGGUCGACACCAGCGACCGUGACCAGAUGCUGAAGCUGAUUAAGAGCGCAAUCGGCACCAAGUUUGUCAGCCGGUGGAACGACCUGAUGUGCGGACUGGCGCUGACGGCCGUGCAGAUUGUGGCGAAGAGCGAGGGCGCAGAUGUGCGCGAGGUGGACAUCAAGAGGUUUGCACGUGUGGAGAAGGUUCCCGGAGGGGAGAUCGAGGAGAGCCGCGUGCUGGAUGGCGUGAUGGUCAACAAGGACGUGGUGCACCCGAAGAUGCGGCGGCGGAUCGAGAACCCGCGGAUUGUGCUGCUGGAUUGCCCGCUGGAGUACAAGAAGGGCGAGUCGCAGACGAACAUUGAGAUCACGCGCGAGCAGGACUGGGCGCGCAUCCUGGAGAUCGAGGAGGAGCAGGUCAAGGCCAUGUGCGACAAGAUCGCGGCGCUGAAGCCCGACCUGGUGAUCACGGAGAAGGGCGUGUCGGACCUGGCGCAGCACCAUCUGGUGAAGCAGGGGAUCACGGCGCUGCGUCGCAUGCGCAAGACCGACAACAACCGGAUUGCACGUGCCACAGGCGCGACGAUCGUGACGUCGGUGGACGAGCUGAAGGAGCAGGACGUGGGGACGGCGUGCGGGCUGUUCCACGUGGAGAAGAUCGGAGACGAGUACUUUUCGUUCCUGACGCAGUGCCGCAACCCCAAGGCCUGCACGAUUCUGCUGCGUGGGCCCGGCAAGGACACGCUGAACGAGGUAGACCGCAACCUGCAGGACGCCAUGUGCGUAGCCCGCAAUGUGAUGUUUACGCCGUUCCUGUGCCCGGGCGGCGGUGCUGCUGAGAUGGCUGUGGCGGUGCAGCUGGCGCAGCGCGCCAAGGAGCAGGUUGAUGGCGUCGAGCAGUGGCCGUAUGCGGGCGUGGCUGAGGCCAUGGAGGUCAUCCCGCGCACGCUGAUCCAGAACGGCGGCGGCAAUGCGAUUCGCACGCUGACGCAGCUGCGUGCCAAGCACGCGCAGGGCCUGACGUCCUGGGGAGUCGACGGUGAGCGCGGUGUGCCCGCCGACAUGCAGGAGUACGGAGUCUGGGAGCCGCUGGCCGUCAAGCUGCAGACCAUCAAGACUGCCGUGGACUCGGCGUCGCUCUUGCUGCGCGUCGACGAUAUUGUGUCGGGCACUGCCAAGAAGGAUUAA